AUGGAGGCAACUCCCAAGGUUCACCCUAAUUUAUGGAAACCAAGGAGUGGCUUAGAGCUGAUGAACAAUGACCUUCCCAGCACCAACCCUGAAGACUCUAUGUCCUGCUUUGAUUUGUCCAAGAAUGAAAAAUAUCUUAUAUCAGCAACAGGAGGGGUGAUCUCCAUUUUUGACAUGACAACAUUUAAGGUUCUGUUUGCAAAUUUCUCAUGCUCUAACUCAUUGUACUCAUAA